AUGGGCUGCCAACAGACGAAAAUACGCGAACUCAGCGAAGAGGACAUAGAUUUCCUCAAGACCCACACAAAGUACGACGAACAGACGAUCCGUGAAUGGUACGAGGGUUUCAAGAUAGACUGUCCGAACGGCAAGCUGUCUCGCAAAAAGUUCAUCGACAUCUACAGGACGUUCUUCCCCACCGGAAACCCCGAAAAGUUCUGCGAUCAUGUGUUCAGGACUUUUGACACCGAUAAUUCAGGACAUAUAGAUUUCAAAGAGUUUCUAAUGGCGAUCGGCAUCACGGCGUCCAACUCAGGAGAAGAACGUCUUAAGUGGGCGUUCAGAAUGUACGACAUCAACAACGACGGCGGCAUCGAAAUCGCCGAAAUGACAAAGAUCGUCAAGGCACUGUACGAUAUGCUCGGUCCCGGGACGUCGGAUGAGUCCCCUGAGGAGAGAACUAAGGAGAUAUUCCUCAAAAUGGACCAAGAUGGUGAUGGCACCCUCACGAUGAAGGAAUUCGUCGAGGGCUGUCUCCACGAUAAGAAACUGGCAGCCCUACUCACAGCCAAUAACGGCAUGUAGUUGGCUUGCCUUCGGCACUCCGUCCGAGUCUGAGGUCUUCUAAUCCGGUCGAUUGGACGACUCGUCAGCAGAGGAGACUCGAUGACUGAAUGACUGCCCACUUACCUAACUACCUACCUACCUACCCACUUAAGUAGACGCCUGUCUGUCUGGGUAUCCGAUCGCUCAAACGCCCGCUCAUU